CUGUACAGCCAGUAUCCUAUACUGGUCAGAAGUAGGCGCAAAUAGACGACGCAUUCUUCAUCCUCACUGGUGCAGGGAAACAGCAGAUGGCUGGCUCCUCAAUCCUCAUCCAAUCAACCCCUUCAUCCUCAUCGAAAUGACAAAAAACCUAUCAGAUCCACACAACUCAUAAAACAAUCCUCGAUUUAAGAUUCCGGAAAUCACCAACAAUCCCUCAAACAAAAAGAUGAAAGAAAGAUGUGAUUAUAUAUCGAUAAAUCGGAGAUUCCUGACAACGGAUCAAAUCCCUUGAUUAAUGAGCAUCUUAACUUUGAUGGUGAUUAACAAAGGUUACUGGCAAAUACUAUGGUUAGCAAACUGAACACAAAACAGCCUUUCAACCACCUGCAAUUACAAACAGAAGCACAGGAUCCAAACGAUUCAGAGACUUGCAAAAAGAGAAAAGCAAACUCAACAUAGAGAGACGGAUAAAUCACCUGGGACGAAUACAAAACCUGCGAAACUGGAUCUUCUCCAGACCUCUGAACUAUCCCACAGUGGGUCUGGAUCUCCUCCAGAUCUCUUAAACCUUCUUCUUCGUGGCUUUCAAUUCCACCCUUCUCCCAAGAAGAGAGAUGAAAAUUCCAAACGCAGAGAGGACACCGAGGAAGAGAGAGAGAGAGAGAGAGCAGCGGGAGAGGUGAAUAACAAAAGGCGAGAGAGUAACAUGCCAAAGAGAAGCAAAGUUUUCUUUAAGCACCAAGCUGAAGAAAAAAAAAGAAACAGAUCCUCUCAAUUAAUUAAUGCCUUAGCCUGCACAAAACAGUAAUAGCCUCUCUCAGCGUCGAACAACGCAAGGACUUUCCAAGGCCUUCCAGAGACAACAAAACCCGGUCUUUUCAUACAGUAGAGAAAAAGCAUGUCAAGGUAUCUCUCUGUAUCCAGGAAACCCUCUUCUGUUUCUCGAACGACCCACCUCUCCAAUGUCCAGGCAUGUCACUCUCAUCCACACAUCCACAAAACCCGCCAGAUCUCCCACCGCUCAAUGAUCCCUCCCCAGCAGAACACCCAAAGCAACUGAAUAAGCCUCGGUCCACGCACCCGCCUGGGCCAAAGCAGCAUAUAGAUCUCUGAUGACGAACGCGCGUCAGAGCCACCAAACGACCCCAAUGCAGAGAUACUGAGCAACACAACUCCUUUCAAUCAAUUUUUCAGUUCCUCUCAUGGCCACCAUCUCUGAGCUAUCCCAUCUCCCAGCACAGUCUCUCCCAAACCCGCCAGAUCUCCCACCACUCAACGAUCCCUACCCAGCAGAACACCCAGAGAGUAACCGAAAACCCUCGAUCUGCGUGCCCGCUCGGGCCAAAGUAAAAUAUCGAUCUCUGAUGACCAACGCGCGCCGGAGCCACCAAACGAUCGCAACUAAGGCCAACCAGAACCCAACGACCAGUCCCACCCCGACCGAGCCCCCAAACCCCGCCAGAUCCCAAUGAGGCCUCACCCAACUCCAGCCCACACCGAAGGACACGCCAGUUUGAAACAGUAAAUCUCAGUCACGUUGUACAGUAAAAGGUGUCUGUGUGCACAGUACACGGGCAUGCGGCGGGUUUCUUUCUUUCAACAAUUGGAUCUCUAUUACCACGCCGGUACAAUUCGCCGUCCCCGUAUAUAGUCGGUCGCGCUAUGAACCGAGCAAGCUCGCGAAGGCGGCGGCUAGCCUUUUUCUAAUAAACAAUCGCCUGAGAAGAAUCACACAUCAACGAAUUUCUUUCCGCCAUGGAAGACGAAGCAGAAAUCUACGACGGCGCCCGAGCUCAGUUCCCUCUCACCUUCGGCAAACAGUCCAAAUCCCAAACCCCUCUCGAGCAGAUCCACAACGCCACUCGCCGUUCCGCCACCGCCGCUACUGCCAGCAACGAAAGCGACAAGAAGUCUUCAUCCUCCAAACCCUCGUCUGAACCCGUUUCGCCUAAACCUAGGAUUGGGCCCUCACGGCCGCCGCAGUCGCUAGCGAAUUCCGAUUCCAACCGCGAGGAAGACGAUGACGACCGGGAUGUCCCUGUCGGGCCACCUCCUCCGCCACCUGGGCAGACCGUGGAUGACGAUGACGAUGGCGAAGCUAUGGUCGGACCACCGAGACCGCCAUUACGGGCUGUUGAUGACAGUGAUGAUGAUGAUGGUGAGAUGGUAGGACCGCCAAGACCAACUGCACCGGUGUCUGACUCGGAUGAGGAUGAAGAUGAAGAAGAGGAGAAUCAGCAUCGAAUUCCUACGAGCAAUGAAAUUGUUCUCAAGGGCCAUACUAAGAUCGUUUCAGCCCUUGCAAUUGAUCAUUCAGGGUCUAGAGUUCUUUCAGGAAGUUAUGACUACACUGUCCGCAUGUAUGACUUUGGAGGGAUGAACUCAAGUUUGCAGUCAUUCCGGCAGCUAGAACCAUCUGAAGGUCAUCAAGUUCGUCACAUAAGUUGGAGUCCUAGUGCUGACAAAUUUUUAUGCGUCACUGGUUCUGCUCAGGCUAAGAUAUAUGAUCGAGAUGGACUUACUUUAGGCGAGUUUGUAAAAGGGGACAUGUACAUUCGCGAUUUGAAGAAUACCAAGGGUCAUAUUACUGGGUUGACUUGUGGCGAAUGGCAUCCCAAAGCAAGGGAGACAGUUUUGACAUCAUCAGAGGAUGGAUCUCUGCGUAUAUGGGAUAUAAAUGAUUUCAAAAGUCAGAAGCAGGUCAUCAAGCCAAAGCUUGCUAGACCUGGAAGGACUCCAGUGACCACUUGCACUUGGGACCGUGAAGGGAAGUGCAUCGCUGGAGGGGUUGGAGAUGGUUCUAUACAGGUAUGGACUCUCAAGCCUGGAUGGGGAAGCAGACCAGAUGUGCACAUAGAGAAGGCUCAUUCUGAUGAGAUCACUGGGAUUAAGUUCUCCAGUGAUGGAAGAAUCUUACUCUCCAGAAGUUUUGAUGGUUCAUUAAAGGUUUGGGAUUUGCGGAAAACGAAAGAGGCUCUCAAGGCAUUUGAGGAUCUUCCUAAUAAUUAUUCUCAGACUAAUGUUGCUCUAAGCCCUGACGAGCAGCUAAUUUUGACCGGAACGUCUGUUGAAAGGGAGAGCCCAACUGGAGGUUUGUUGUGCUUUUUUGAUCGUUCAAAACUUGAACUUGUUUCGAAAAUUGGUGUCUCCCCAAACAGUGUUGUGCAAUGUGCUUGGCACCCUAAGCUUAAUCAGAUUUUUGCAACGACCGGAGAUAAAGGCCAAGGCGGAACUCACAUCCUUUAUGAUCCAACCCUGAGUGAGAGAGGAGCUCUGCUCUGUGUUGCUCGUGCUCCGAGGAAAAAAUCGGUGGAUGAUCUUGAGAUUCAGCCUGUUAUCCAUAAUCCUCAUGCACUGCCCUUAUUUAGAGAUGCACCAAGCCGCAAGCGUCAGCGCGAGAAGAUACUGAAAGAUCCCCUCAAGUCUCAUAAGCCUGAUCUUCCCAUGACUGGGCCAGGACAUGGUGGGAGAAUUGGUUCAAGUAAAGGAAGCAUGCUGACUCAGUAUCUGAUGAAGAAAGGUGGAAUGCUCAAGGAAACAUGGAUGGAGGAAGAUCCUAGGGAAGCCAUACUCAAAUACGCUGAUGUUGCAGCUAAGGAUCCGAAGUACAUAGCUCCUGCAUAUGCAGACACCCAGCCUGAACCAGUAUUUGCCGAGUCGGAUUCUGAAGAUGAAGAAAAGCGCUGACCGCGCAUUAGUCAUCCUUUACCUGCUUUGCUAACAGGCGGUACAGAAGGCAGUGGUACACUUUUCUUAGCUUUGAUCUGAUUCGCACAACUCCUUUUCUACGUCUGCAAUAUAUGCUGACAGCGGCUAUUCGACUUUCCAUGAUUACGAUUUGCAGAUGGAUCAACUUGAAAUGUUGCACGACCUGAAGGUGUAGUAGAAGCUAACUGAAUCCCAGGGUUCCAGACUCGGACGUAGCUUCUAUACCUAUACCAUUAUCAAGAGAGUCUGAUGCUACACCAUAUGGCCGCUUCCAUUGUCCAAUCCCCGCCGCCUCUUCCGUCUUGUAGAAUUCACGACUUUGUAAAAUUUUCGACUCGGAUUAAAUUAGCCCUGUACUUUUGUUUGUGUACUCCCUACUCUAGAGCUAUUAAAUACUGCACUAAAAUGCGAAGCGAGGUUCGUGUAGUUUUAUUAUCUGAACCGUGAUAGGAUCGACCUCGGCGGGAACGGCUACGGUGCUAAUUGUACAAUAGUUAGCACCGUCCUAACCAAGGGGAAAACUACUACUAGUUUGAAUUAGUAGUGAUUUAGCUUAGAUGUUGUACUGAUUUUAUAAUAAUCCGUAGUGAUUUUUGCUAGUUAUCACGGUUCUAACCCCUAUAAGGGUUAGCACCUAAUCCCAUCCCGACCUCGGCACAUUGGUGGGUUUGUUUGUUAACUUGUAAUUUUGUUUCAUGUGCCUGUUGAUAGGGUGUUCAGAUGGGUGGUUACCGUGGUCAGUUAGUGUUGUUCAAACGGGUCUGGGUCUGUAUAGUAUAACAACAAUUAAAUUGUUAUUAUAGUAACAUCAUAAUUCAUUAAGAGCAAAAGAGUAAAUUACAUAGAAAGUAAUAAAAUAAUUUGAUUAAAUCCACUAUCUUCCUUCAACCCCAUUGCGUGCGAUGCUUCUCCUCCGCUCCCCUUCUUCCCCGCCACCCGCCGCCCCUGCUUCUUCCCCGCCACCCAUGCUUCUUCUGUCAUCGGGCGUUUGAUUUCGCCAUCAGCGGCGCCAAUCCGUAUCUCUACCAUCGCCGGCGCCAUCGCAUCAGUUGCAUCGUCGGUGAAAUUGCCGUUGAACUCACUGUUUGCUCGUGAUUGAGCUCGGGAUUGGGGAGAAGAAGGCUUCUGAUGGAUUGUCACCGUAUUCUCAAUCGAUAUAUAUAAUUUAGGUAGAACCCCCAAACGAGGCAUUUAGCCGCGGCGUUGUCUAACAUGACCUAGGCGUACGCGUGGGUAAGUUUAAGCGUGCUUGCUUUUAGGACCAUGAUUUUUAUUGCGUAAUUGUGCAUUCUUUCUGCUGAAAAAUUGAUUAUGUUUAGGCUUCAUACAUACUGCUAAGGUUUGGGGGUUGAGAUGAUUAGGGGAAGAGAGAGCAAAAGGUAGCUACUAGCUACAGAUGGAUUUUGAAAGCGUACCUUGUGGUAGCGCUGGGUGUGCUGGGUGUCGUGGCGGUGUGUCUAUCUGUGGAGAAGAAGGAAGAAGAAUGAAGAGGAGGACUAUGGGAAUUUAUAAAAACACACCAAAAUCUUGUAAUGUAAAUAAUAAAUAUCAUGAAACAUA